AUGAGCUCACCAGCGUUAGGUGUACCUCUCACAUUAUUUUCAACUGUGGGUGUAAUAUUAAAUGGUUACAUAUUACUUGUGGUAAUUUUAACAAAACAAAGUGCAACAGCGAAUAAUUUACUUUUAAUGCACUUAGGAAUUGUCGAUACAUUGUUGGGCGUAUUAUUUUUAAUUUUUGCUGCGCCAACUAUUGCAACGCGAUCUACAUGGUUAGCAUCUGGUAUGCCGUGCACAUUACAUGGUUUUCUAUUUACAUUAUUACAUCCAGUUGCAUUGUGGACUGUUUGUGGAUUAAAUUGUGAUCGAUAUUAUGCAAUAGCAGCGCCAUUACAUUAUGGAGCACUUGUUAAUUCACGAAAGGUUGCAAUUGGACUAGGUUUUGCAUGGUUCAUUUCAAUUUUGUUGUGUAUUCCACCGUUAUUCACUGUGGCACCAUAUCGUUAUAGUUCACAUUUAGGAGCUUGUGCUCCUGAUUUUACUAUUGGUGAUGGGGUUUUUUGGUAUUCCACUUUGUAUACUGCAUUAACGUUACUAUUGCCAGCUGCAUUAAUAUUGGGAUGCAAUAUCAAAGUACUGAUGAUUGCUCGCUACCAUCGACAUCGUAUUGCAUCCGCAAUCUACGAAGUAACAUUAUCAGCACAAGUAACCAUCACACACCAACGAAAUCCAUUUUUCGUACCAACUGUAACUGCACCAAGUCAUGGUGGUCCUAAAUUUCGUGGACGCAGUGCAGUUUCAACCGUCUUACAAUUAUUAGGUUCAUUUUUAUUAUUAUAUUUCCCAUAUUAUAGUAUAAUCGUAUGGAAUUCAACAGUGACAAGUAUUUUAAAACAAAUUCCAAAGGUUCAUCCACAUAUAGUAGCAAUUGCAUCAUUCCUAAUUACAUGUUCACCACCCAUAAAUGGGUUGUUAUAUGGCGUUAAAAGUAAAACAUUACGAAAAACAUUCCAAAAUUAUUGGCGAAAACAAAUGUCAAAAAGUGAGAUGAAUCAAGAAAUACAAGCACGAACUCCUUCGACAUGUGGAUCACGACGUCCAUCAUUAACGCCGUUGGGAGUAUUAACAAAACCAUGCUUACAACGGCGUUUAUCAGAAGCAUUAAUCGAUGUUAAUCGACAAACAAGUCCACAAGCAUCAAAAAUUAAACGCAUUGCUUCAGAAUUAUCUUGGCGACCUUUAACUGGGAUUUCAUUGUUCUCUAAUGAAAAUACGAAUCACGAUUCCACGAUCAUACCGCACACAUCUAGCUGUAAUACAUUGCAAGUACCACAUACGGACGCGGAUGAAACAUCGUUGCCAAGUAAUGAGGAAGAAAUUUAUUUUAGUUUUAAACCCUACAAAAAUAAAAAUCCUAGAAUCCAUGGCAAACAUAUUACAACGGCAUGUGUAUCACAAAAUACAUUUUUGCAUCGAGUUUUAGGCACAAAUGAAUCUAUUAGCGCAACCAAACGUGGAGAUACCACAAUAAUUCAAGCAAUCGUAAAAACACCAGCACGUAAGCCAAAAAUAUUAAUAACAAGAGCAUUUUCAGAAGAGAGUGAGAAAAAUCCUUCGACGCAUGGAUCACCAUCGCGUACAGCUGUAGCAUUAAUGAAUCGUAAACAUUCCAUUUCAACAACAACCUUGUUAGAACGUAAAUGGCGAACGUUAAAAGGACGUUCUACCGACGAGGAUAGUGAUUCAUCCGAUGUUGUAGUACACCGGCCAAAACGAUUUCCAUUAACAUCAACAGAUCGAAGUAGUGAUUCAUCCACGGCAUCAGACGCUUCAUCGUCGGGUCGAAUGUAUAUGUCAUUAGACGAUCGAAUUAGUUUUGGACAUCAGGAUGGUACAGAUAGUGAUGGAAUUGUUGCAGAAGAAUCAUUGUUAUUGUCAUGGCCUACCACGAAAAAAUUACGAAAUAGUCCACCGCGUACAUUGUUAGUGAAGCAAAAAACAAUAUUAGAUAAUAGUCCAACUACGGAGAUUGUUUUACAGGAAAUUGUGCAACAAUGA